ACGGAGACAUCUGUAUUUAUAUUUAUAGUAUCUAUUUCAAUCGUAAUAAGGUCUAUAACAAGCUUAUGAAACCAUAUAAAUUGUACCGUCAGAUAAUAUUUUUUAAACAUUUUCCUGAUAUCAACUGAGUGGUUGACCGCAAUUUGUUUUGAUCGAAUUGUCUGGUAUUGUAAUAACUUAUUAUUUUAAGGAACAUCAGAAUAGCAGUUAAAAUGUCGCGUAAUUUCAUGUUACUAAUUGUUUCAAUACUUUGUUUGAGUGUUACUGAAGGAAAAUUAAAAAAGAUGAGCUCUCCACCACAUUGUACCCGAGUGACGAAAGAUACUGAUUACGUUUCAAAGUUUAAACUUGAUUAUCCAGUAGCCUACAUUCCACCAGGACAGCAUGAAGCUUAUCAACAGAUGUUCUGUUUGAAUCCGCCAGCUGUUAAUAAGGGUGUUACUAUCGUGUGUGAUUGGGCUGCCCCACCUCAGGUCCAAUUUACUCUGGGAGACGAUUACAUGCACGUGGUACGCCAAGACCCCACUGGACGUUACCUCGGCAACGCCGUCAUCACCACGUACCAGCUCUGUAGCCAUAACAUAUCUGUGUCUACUAAUGAUAUUUUAUCUGAGUACGAUGUGUUUGUAACUGAAAUAUCCUCACCUUGAUGUGUUUGACCCAGUUAUCUUUAAAAAAAAAAAAGCAAUAAAAAAAAUAUAA